AUGGCAGCAGAAAGGAAUCAAUCAAAUGAGCCUAGCUCAAAGCAGACUGUCCUGUCUUCACCAAAUACUCCUCAGGCGCAAGGACGACCUCCUCAAGGGACCCUGAAAGCAGGACCUCCAGGAAGAGCUCAACAACCACAAUAUUCUCAGCAAGAUUUGAAUCGAAUUGUAUUGGAGUACCUCAAUAAGAAAGGGUAUCAUCGAAGUGAAUCUAUGCUCCGUUUGGAAAGUUCGAAUACUCCAACCCCUGCUGUCGGACUACCAAAUCCUUCAACUUCUAGUUUAGCUAGUCCUCAAGAAAUCAAUAGAGACAAAGGUCAAAUGACGAAAAGUGAAAGAGAGCUUCGGGAAUUAAGAGAAAGGCAGGCCAUAAUUGAACGUGAAUUGAGAGAAUCUAAAGACAGAGAAUCACGUUUAGCUGAAGAAAAGCAAUUGAGGAAUUUGAAAGAGCUUGAAGAGAAGAAGAAAAUAGAAAAUGAUCCUAAUAUUUACUACAGAGCUUAUUCAAUGUUAAGAAACUGGGUUGAAACCUCCUUGGAUUUAUACAAGCCUGAGUUAUCAAGAAUAUCCUAUCCUAUAUUUGUUCAUUGUUUCUUGGAAUUGAUUUCGAAAGGUUUUACUGCUCAUGCUAAAGCAUUUUUAGAUAAAUUCAAAGAUGAUCAUGUAUUAUUACAUGGCUUAGAAAUAACAAAAUUAGCUGGAUUAUCAUUACCUGAGCAUUUAAGAGAGAAUAAAUUGGCCCAAGCUUAUAGAAACAAUAGAUAUAGGAUAAUUGUUUCUAAAACCACCAUCAACGUUUUAUUAUACUUUCUACAUGAGAACGAAGCAGUUGGUGGAGCAGUUUUAAUUCGCAUAAUCAAUCAAUAUUUAAAUCCUGUUAUUUCGACAACUCGUCCAGAUAAAAUAGUUCAAGCUGGUGGUGCUAAUCCAGAUGAAGGGAUCACUGGAUAUAAUACAGAGGCAACUGAGAUUGACAAAUUUAAUGAACAGCCAGUUAAGCUAGGAAAAUUACCAAUAGAGCCAGAAGUGCAAAAGGAAAUUGAAGCUGAAUUAAAAGUCAAAGAUGAAACCACAGAACCUGUAAACGGUGUAACAUUGACUGAAGAAUUUCAGAAGAUGACCGCUCCCGAUGAUGACUCCCCUGCUAGAGAGAGUUUGCCCUUGCCAUUGAAAGAUGCGUCAGAUAUAAAGAGACAAAUUUUGGCUGUCGAAGAUUCGAGAUCGAAAAUCAAGUUGGACAAUAUUCAAGCCAGUGCACCAUCAGUUUGCAUGUAUACCUUUCACAAUACUAAUAAAGAUAUGACAUGCUUAAAUUUUAAUGAUGACUCUACCCUAGUGGCUGCUGGUUUUGAAGACAGCUUUAUCAAAUUAUGGAGUCUCGAUGGCAAACCCUUAAAAUCUGUUUUCAAGAGAGAUCGGUACAAUAAUGAUAACACUCGAAAGCUUAUAGGACAUAGUGGCCCUGUGUACAGUUUGUCUUUUUCGCCUGACAAAAGAUACUUACUAUCAGGUUCAGAAGAUAAAACAGUAAGACUAUGGUCCCUAGAUUCUUAUACUGCUCUUGUGUCUUAUAAAGGACACAACAGCCCCGUUUGGGAUGUCAAGUUUUCGCCUUUGGGACAUUAUUUUGCAACUGCCUCUCACGACCAGACGGCAAGAUUGUGGGCAACUGACCACAUCUAUCCCUUGCGUAUAUUUGCUGGUCAUAUAAACGACGUCGAUUGCGUUGAGUUUCAUCCAAACUCAAAUUAUGUUUUCACCGGAUCGUCAGAUAAGACAUGUAGGAUGUGGGAUGUGCAAUCGGGUGCAUCUGUCCGGGUAUUUAUGGGACAUACCGGUCCAGUCAAUUGUUUGGCAGUUUCUCCCGAUGGGAGAUGGUUAGCAAGUGCUGGAGAAGAUAGUGUGGUUAAUAUUUGGGAUGCUGGGUCAGGUAGAAGAUUGAAAUCAAUGAGAGGGCAUGGACGUUCUUCGAUUUACUCUUUAGCAUUUUCUAGAGAAGGUGAUGUCUUAGUUAGUGGUGGUGCUGAUAAUACCGUCAGAGUUUGGGACGUGAAAAAAAAUACAAAUGACGCUGGCCCAGAGCCCGAGGCCUUUAAUUUAUCUUCCACAUCGAAUGGGACAUCUAAUUCAGAGGGUUCCAAAAACUCUAAAGGCAUUGAGAAAGUCAACCGUAAGGAAAUUAUAGCUACCAGUGACCAUAUAACAGCAUAUUUCACCAAACUGACUCCGGUAUAUAAGGUCCAUUUUACUAGGAGGAACCUCUGUCUUGCUGGUGGGGCCUUCAACGGUUAA